AUGCUUGGCAAACCGAAGGCCCGCUGCUUCUGCAUCGUCCACCCGGAGUCGGAGCAGUGUCCAGACAUCAGCUUCAGCCAGACCUCCAUCCAGGUGAAGCUGCCCUGCGUAGGUGAGGAGGGGCCACGCGGGCAACAGGCGGAGGACGUGCUGCGGGACUUCGCCUUCGACCGGGUCUUCGGCCCGGGCGGUCCGGGUUCGGGCCAGGCGCGGAUCUUCCAAGAAGUCGCCCAGCCCGCCGUCCAGGACGCCGUGGAGCGGCUGGAGAGCUGCUGCUUCGUGGCCCUGGGAUGCAGCGGCCACGGGAAGACCUUCGCCGUGACCGGGGGACCCCGGCGCUUCGAGGAUCGAGGCCUCGUGCCGCGUGCCAUCUCCUGCCUCUUCGAGCUCUUGAAUGCCAAGACGAACCGGGAAGACUUCCAAGUGAAGGAGCUGUACAGGGACAGCUUCUUGGACCUCCUCAGCAAGCGGGCUCCGGUGAAUAGCCGGGUUGGGCAGAGCCAGAAAGACAGGAUGCCGUGCCCGAUGGAGCGACCGGCUGCGCAGGCGGCGCAGGCGGCGUGCGUCAGCUGCGUCAACGAGAGCGAAGCGUACCAGCGGCUCUUCGAGGGUGACGCGCGCCGGCAUUUCGAGAGGCUGCCGAGGAACCCGGAGACCUCCCGGGGCCACGUCUUCUUCCAGCUUCACCUCAAGAAACAGUCGGAGACCAAAGAGGCCGUCCUCUCCUUCGUGGACCUAGCCGCAGGGGCACAGGGCGCCCAGUGCCCUCGAAACCAGGCGACGGAGAGCAUCGAAAGCAGUUUGCAGGAGCUGCGGCAGCUGGCGCGCAGCGCCCUUUGUGGAGGGCUUCCGGAGCCGUUGCCGGAACCGGGGCUACUCUGUUCCUUGCUGCUCCCUUGGCUGCGGCCGGGCGGCCUUUCUCUGCCUUCUUUGGUGACCUUGUUGCCUUUGAGGUGGCAAAAGCAGAGCGGCAGCGAAAUCUACGACUUCUUGCAGCUUGUCCGCAUCCUGCACCAGGCCGCGAAGAGUCGCAGUCCACAGAGAAACGGAGCGGGACCUCCGAUACCACGAAGCCCGCAAAGCCAGGAGGAAGCUUCCAGGGAGGCAGACACCGUGAACUCGCCAAGCGAUGCUUUGACCACCUGGUCGCCUUGGUCAGCCGUGGUGGUUCACAGCCAGAAGGCCGAAGAGGCCUUGGAAGCCGAGGAGCUCGCCGGGGCCGAGGUGGGGCCCAGGCCAGUUCCGAUGAAGUCCGAGUUGCCGGACCCUCCGCCCCUCGGACCCAGACCCGGCCUCGACCCCCUUGGCCAGCUCUUGGGGCGCCUUCCAACCCCGCUGCGCCUUGGUGGCCCUCGCGGCGGCCCGCCUCCGCCUCCACUGCAGCCGCCUGCAGAGCUCUCGGAGCCCCCCUGCGCUGGUGCCUCGGCCUCGGCCGCAAGCACUCCCAUGCGAAGGCCCUCAGUGAUCACGCUGCCGAGACGAGUCUCCAAGUCCCUGGCAGAUGGCCGCCGCUCCGCAACUGCGGCCACGGAGCUGCGACACGUGGAGGGCCGUGGGUUCGAGGGCCGCGGGAUCCGCGCCUCCUUGGGCCGCGCCGGCCCCGGCUCCGUCCCGGCCGUCGCUGUCGGCAUCCCCGUGCCGUUUUCGCUGGCCUACCCGUGCUACUCUUCCGGCACCUCUGUGCCCGGGCCCGAGCAAUCCAUGGCAAGCAUGAUUGAGUACAUGAGUAUCGCAGGUGGUCCUUGGGCGCUGCUGGUGGGCGUAGUCGCAGCAGUUCUCCCUGCCCUCGUCCUGGUGCCGGUGCUGCCUCAGUACCGCUUCACAGGACAGGGUCUGUGCCCAGGGUCCCUUUGGUGGCGAGGUCUUGGAUCCCGGCAGGCCCGCAGACUGCCGGCCCUGCAAGGCUGA